GAGAUGGGCCUUCACCCGGAACUAUUCUAUGGGAUAGUUUCCAGGGGACCGGAAGUGCAGCAGGUCUGGGGAAGGAUUUGAGGUUGCAGCCGGAAGUGUGUUCCCAUGAGAAGAAUGACUAGUGAAGCAGAAACUGUUCCCAAGUAUGAGGAAAUGUUUGCUCAUCGAUUCACUACAGCUGACAAAGAGUAUCAGGAAGUGUUGAAGUCACCACCUGAUCCACCACCGAUUGUAGAGGACUGGAGAAUCCGAACUGGUGGUAACCGCAGGUCACGAGAUUUUCAACCAUACAGAAGACAGGAUGACAGUCGCAACUGGUCCAAUGAGCGUCAGUGGCGUGGGAGAGUCCAUGGGUACAGUCACUCUUCAGUUCAGCACCAGGGGCCAUAUGAAUCUUAUAGUCAAGGCUCUAAUUCACACUGGCAAUCCAACCACCAUCGCUACUGAGUCCAAGCUACAAUUCUGAUCACUCAGCUAUGUAAAGCACCACAGUAACUGACACCAGAUAGGGAAAUGGAUUCUAAUUUUAGAGAGGCCUCUUGUUUUCAUAUUUCUUGCUAUUAGUUGCAUUGCCAGUUUGGAGAGUUGGUUGGUGGGGGUGGGGGGUGUGGGGUGGGGGGAGGAGGGAGGAGCGGGGUUGGUAAUUGAGCAUGUAGAUCUCACCCAGAACUGUCUAGACGUCUCUAGGAUAGUGGCUUUUGGUAACUAAUCCUUGUACAUCUGGUCAAAAUGUAAGUCAUGGAUUGGUGUCGAAAUGUUUGCAUACCAUUGUCAGGGAGACAGUGAUCCCAGGCAGUUCCCCAUUUCAUCCCCCAGAUGAUAGUCAAGGUUUCUGCUGUUGCCCAGUCUGAGGAGAAACACAAACAGAAGUUGCUGGAAAAGCACGCUGCAGGUAGGCCAACAGGGUGUUUCUCUGGCCGUGGCUGGAGAAUGGUGAGGGACAAAAUGGGGCAAAGAGAUUGAGUGUCUACAGGAUUUUAACAUGCAUUUUACUUUCUCUUGGUCUAUUUCAGCUGUCAGUGCUAAGGAACUGACUCAGCUGAACCUGAUCUUUGAAUUAACAGAAUUUUCCUUGGGCAAGAUUCUGUGAUUAAGCAAGAGUGGAUAUCCUUCCAGUGUCAGUUUUCACUGAAUCAGUUACCUCACCACUGGGCCUAGUGGUUAGCCCAAGGAAAGAUUAUCAGCUCCUUUGUACUUCACAGCUGUUCAGCCAGUGAUGUAGCACUGUAAGGAGAAACAGACAGAGAGAAUCAAAUCCAAGCAAGAAUUAACUGUGUCUAAUAUGUAUAUUUUUUGGAAUUGUAAUCAGAGACUGAAUGAAGUGAGAGGAAAAUACCUGGCUGUUAAAAAAAAAUACAAACCCCUCUUCAAUUCAACUUUGACCUCAGUUACUUGUAUUGAAAAUUUAUUUGCUGUUUUUUUGGUUUUUGACGGAAGUGUUUGAACAGUUUGGAACUCUGGGUAAUUUCUAAAUAUUUAAUUAUUAAAAUUACAAAACUUUUCAGUGAAAGCAAUUUAUACCAUGAGCCUGUGCACAUUUUGUGAAAGCUCCAUGGAGGGAAGGGAUGAUGUGUGUGUGUGUGUGUGAAGCCUUGUUAUCUAAUCCAUCAUAACCCGUGUACAAUGUGAUGCAUUACCCUUCAAACACUGGCUUCUAGUUUAGUCCCUGCAACUACAAUUUUCUUACUUUUAAAUGGCGAGUGUCUAACUUAUUUUAGGAGUUUCUUUGUGUUGUAGACAGUGUGAUGUUGAUAUGUAAUGCUGAGCUUCGCAGGCUGUGAUUGGUACGAGUGGGUCAGUGACUGUGAAAACACAGAAUAAUGACUCACUGAGAUUGACUUAUCAGGAGAUUUUAAACAUCUUGAUGAGAUGCACUCCAAAUAAUGAGGCGACACUUUGCUUCCCACCUAAAUGUGAGCAGAUGGUUGAGAUGUAGCAUAUGUUCACUAAUUCUAUCACUACCUAAUGGACAGUCAGACAGCAACCCUGGCACUCUUACAGUUCAACGUCUCAUUUUAUGGCCUGGCCUAUUUCUUUGAAGCUGGUGUUUGAAUUCAGUGUCAUUUCUAGUUGGUUUUACUGACCACUUUGCAUUUUACUCAAAGCAGUUUGUGAUUGAAGGCAGUUAUAGCUUUCUGUGACACGGCUGAGAAACUUUCUUUUUAAGUGUUAUUUUGAAGUUAUUUUAAGGCAGGAGUGUGUUUUUCAUCCAUGACUGAAAUAAAACAAAGAACUGCAGAUGCUGAAUAUUUGAAACAAGAACAGAAAUUGCUGGCAAAACUUAACAGUCUGGCAGUAUCUGUGGAGAGAAGAACAGUUAACAUUUUGAAACAAAAACAGAAGUUGCCGGAAAAUCUCAGCAGGCUGGCAGCAUCUAUGAAGAGAAACCAGAGUUAACGUUUCGGGUCUGAUGACCCUUCCUUAGAACAGCAUCUGCAGUUCUUUCAGUUUUUAGUUAAUGUUUUGAGUUCGGUGACUCUUCAUCAGAACUCCUUGGCUAAGCGUGGCUAUCAUCAUAGGCUGGGGCUUACAUUGGACUUGUGCUGGUUACUGCCUCUCACUGCACACUGACCCUCCGAGACCUGACAGAGACACUGGAAGACUAGUUUACACUGAAUAAUCCCUGUUGAUUGUUUCCAGGUUAUCAUAUAUAUUUUUGUACUCCUGUGUGUUUCAAAUAUAACGAAAAAUACAAAUAAAUAGAUCCUGAAUCUGCAUCAAAA